CACUCUGUGAUUACAAUCGCACCUGCCACUGAGGAGCACUGGAGGAGACAGACAACGUAACAGGUGCCAACGUCCACCCCCCCUCCACUAUAUUUAUUUGGGGGUAUUCAACACCAAAUCCUAACGCAGUUAAAAAUCCAGAGAUCCAGAGCCAAGAAGAAUGCGGAAUUCACAGCUUAUCGCAUUCUGAGAACAGGAACCAGUAAAUAAGUCAUAAAUAAGUUAAACAAUAAAGCAGGGAGGCAAAGGUUGAAGUGCCGAAGGUGGGAGUCUGCUCCAGACAUGCAGUGUUCUUUUCUUCCUGGGGCAGCGAAUGGGUGAGCACGCUUCAGUGACAAUACGGAGAAAAAAUGUGGUGGAUUAGAUUUGUCCAAAGACGUGGGCUUCCUUCUGCUUCCUGCAUGGCAGUUUCUAAUCAGUUCCCUGCUGUUGCACUCCUUCUGCUGCUGCCCUUAACACAAGUUCUUGCACAGAGCACCACAGAAUGUUCUGUAGGAAAUGAGAACCCAACAAUAGACGAGAAUAAUCAGCUGGGGGCUAUUGUUACCACCAUUACAAUGCAGCCUGGUGUCACAGUAACAAUUGAGAACUCACUCGACUCCGGAUCGUUUACCAUUAUUGGCACAGAAUUGAGUCUAACCAAGUCCUUGGAUUAUGAGGCAGAAAAUGUAUUACUAGUAACCCUGCUUUGCUGGAAAGGGGGUGUCGAGGUCAAUUCUGUGAAUGUUGUAGUAAAAGUUGGCAAUUUGAAUGAUAACAGCCCGACAUUCAAGGAAACAAAUAUCACUGCAAAGGUUCCUGAGGAUACAAAAGUGAAUACGAUCAUUAUACCCGAGAAGAGCGUAAUUGCUAGCGACCUUGAUCUGGACAACAUACAAUAUGAACUUACAGCGAUCACCCCGGAAGCAACUGACUACUUUAACAUACAAGGAAUUAAUAACCCAAGCAUUUACUUGCACAAAACCCUGGACUAUGACAAAUAUAAAUUUAUGCAGUUAAUCUUGUAUGCAAGGGACAGGGCACCUGGCAGCGCAGAUGGAAAUACAGCUACUGCAACAAUAAACAUAGACAUCCAACAAGCCGACACCAAACCGCCCUGGUUCCAACCGUGCACUUUCCUUAAUGCGGAUAAGAAAGUUUGCAUCAGCAGCGGGUACAUUGGAAGGGUCAACAUCUCAGAGAAAACGACUGAACCGCUGAUCCUAAAACCUGGGCCCCUCUAUGCCAUCGACCCUGACUACACUUUGAAUGAAAAAAUAGUGUAUAGCAUUGUUGAUGGAAACAAGGACGAUGUAUUCUUAUUGGAUAGUGAUACAGGGAAUAUAACUAUGAACAAAGCAGCAAAUACUACAGACACGUUCAUUUUGCAUGUCAUGGCCACCCAGGCCAACAAUGCACUGAGAUACUCCUUCACCACAGUAGAGAUCAAGGUCAUCGCUAAAAGUAGCCACGCACCAUACUUUGAAAACUCCAGGUACACAGGGACGGUGUCUGCCGGGCUGGCCACUCUCAGUCUGGUCAUGGACUCUAAAGCACCUUCAAUACCCCUGAAGAUCUUUGCAGCUGAUGACGACUUCCCUAAUAAACUCAACCCUCAGAUCACGUACAGCAUUCAAAACAGCAGUGAUUUCACUGUAACCAGAGACGGACUUGUCCUGACAAACAUAAUGCUGCAGUCAGCCGCAACUCUAACAGUAUUGGCCACUGCUACCGAUGAGGAGAGUCUGCAGGAGGCAAACACUGUGAUCACGGUGGAGGUCACACCUUCCACAGGGACAACAACUCUUCCUACCUCUACCACCACCACCACCUCAUCUGCUGCUGGGACAGGAACCACCACUCCAAAACCUUCUGGUUCAUCAUCAGCUUCACCACCUGGAGUAACUAACACGGCUUCUACAUCCAAUUCAGGACCCAUAAAAUCCACUUCUUCAGUGAACAUGACAACCAACAAUGCUGGCACAUCUGGGCCAACUGGAAAGCCUGUGACAGGUACUCCCUCAGGCUCACUUAUCCCGCCUCUUGAAACCACAACAAAGCCUGCUACCACAAAGUCUUCUACCAGCGCAGUAUCCAGCAUGCAUCCAGUGGGGUCUUCAGAAUCCGGAAUCACCAAAUUCCCCAUAACAGGAACAAACCCAGGUGGAACUGUUCAAUCCACUGCUCCGCCAUCUUCCCCAUCUGGUGGGCCCAGCCCUCCUCUUACAUCAACUCUAGUAGCAAGCAGAUCUCCGAGGCCAUCAGACCCUGUGUCUUCUCAAACAUCCUUCACAAACAGUCAUCAGACAGGUACAAAAGGCGCAAGAGCUAACCUGCAAUACACUGCACAGGACAUGGCUGCUUUAGGCGCCACGUUGGCGGUACUUCUGGUAAUAGCCUUACUGUUGCUUGGAUUGAUUGUCGGCAAGCAUUAUGCAAACACAAUUAAGCAUCUGGUUGGAAAAGAGAGCGACAAAGAUCCCCUUGAGGAUUUAAGUAACCAAGGCUACCAAGAUGAUGAAAAUCCUGUUUGGAGCACGAAAGACAAUGAAUCGCUGAGAAGCGACACUUUGGAGAACGGUACCCCUGUUGGGCAGCAGCCGUCAGACGGCUUCCUUCCUCUGGAGCCCAGGGUGGAGAGCACCAUUGCAACAGCUUCCGCUGCCACGAAGGGUGGGGAGGAGAACAAAGAGGGAAAGGACACAGACAGCAAUAAAGAAGUGAAAUCUAUCCUCACAAAGGACAGGAAGACAGUGGACGAUGGAUACAAAGCUGUGUGGUUUAAGGAUGAUAUUGAUCCAGACACAAAGGAUGAUGUUGUAGUGCUUGAAGACCAGGUUGACAAAGAAGAUGAUAGUGAUGGGGACGGGGAUAGGAAUGAGGAGGAGGAGGAUGAGGAGGAUGAGCAGGGCAGUCAGCACGGUGACCCAGUGGUGUCCUUCAUUCUAGAGAGAGCUCAGCUCCAAGCAACGAAUGGGAACCUCAAACCUGACCAGGAUGCAGACACAGAAGACGACAUUUUGUUAUAGGCUCAGCAAAAUGAGUUUUGCCAAUCUGGAAAUUGUGGGUAAUUUGAAGCCACUUUUCUAAGGGUCCCAGGUUCUUUGUGCUGUGAGAGAGACAGGCCUGCUAGCAAACAGGUGGCUGGCAGAUUUCACGAACAUACUCUCCGUGAUCCCCUUCUGCCUUCUAGUGUAAACAGAUUUUAAGGCCAGGUAGGACCAUUGUGAUUAUUUAGUCUGACCUUCCUAGAACAGGCCAUAAAACUUCACUCAAUGAUGCCUGCACUGGGCCCAAUAACUUGGGGUUAAGCUAGACCAUCUCCUUCAGAGCUGAUAUUGAUUUAAAUCAAGUAUCUUCUUACUCCAGAGGAGAGUCCAAUCCACAGUUCCUAGCUUCAAAGGCCAGUGCUUUAGCUAUUAGGCCACCGGCACUAUGCCCAGGUCUUACUUCAGCCAGGGGGCUCCAAAAAUACUUCUGUUCCCUCUUUCCAGUUUUUCUGAGGGGCAAUCAGGAGAACUCUUUGGCAGUGAUCUAGAUACCCUUAAGCCUCCCUUGAAAUGGCUGAAUAGAUGUGAAUUUCCUAUGGCUUUCUCUACAGAUGAACCCCUCCCAACUUAAUUAGUGGGGAAGUUCCCAGGGACAACUUCAGGUUUUGCUUCAAAAUGAUGCAGAGAGUCCAUUUUAAUUGGUUUUGACAUGAAACAGGCAAUUGCCACAGAAGUUUGCUUUGAGGCUCAUUUAAAUCCCAGUGCUAGUUACACCACUGAGGCACCACCAUUUAGUGGCACAAAAUUAAGGAAAGUACAGUUUCCCACUGAGACUGAAUGAGCCUCAUUCACCCCCCAGGUAAAAUUAACAGCCUCCCACUUCACUACAAGCUCAUUCUGCCCACAGAAGCUAGAGAGCAUAGAAACAAGCGUAGUGGGAAAUACCAUUACAUUUCCUGUUAUUAGCAUAACUUAGUCAUUUCCUCCCUAUGUCAGGAAUGUUUAUUUACACAAACUGGUAACACUUUAAUGGAGUAUUUUAUUCUUUAUUGUUUUUAAUUUAAGACUUGAUUCUUCUUGCGGGGACACCGCUGUGAUAUCAAGGCCAUUACUCCCGAUUUCCACUGGUGUAAUUUAGAAUAGGAAUGUGACCCACUGUGGCUUAGCGAGUCCAAAGCCAGGCCCCAGUCCUGCAGACGUUUAGGCACAUGCUUACAUUUAUGCGUGGGAAUAGCCCCAAUGAAGUCAACAGGGCAAAGCUGGGCCUCAUCCAGCAUUUUCCUAACCAUGAAGACCACAACGAAGGAUUAAACCUAUUAAUUUACAGAGGAUUUCAGCAUGCGCUGCCGCUGCCCGCAACUACUGUAAAGUAGCCCUCUGCUUUGGUAACCGUAUUGUACUUGGUUUGUUCAUUGAUCUGAUUUACUGUUGGGGCAGAAGAGGGUAAACUCUCCUUCACAGAGCCCUUUCCCAAAUCUACAGGGACACUGGUAUACAAAUCUCUUCAGGGGGAGUCACACCUGGGGCCAAUGCGAGGAGACCUGGGCCACGAGUUAGUAGAAGGCUCCUUGUUUCAUAUUUAGAUGAUGAUCAAGGUGGGUUUUUUUAUGGCUCUCUGAUCGCUGUCAUGCUAAGCCGAAUGGACCACACAUGUCUCUGGAAUAAAGCUGUGGCAUCCAGGAGUGCAGAUAA